AUGUCCGUUCCUUACGACACCCGGUCUAACUGGUCUUGGCCAGAGUCGACGAACAAUCUAGAGUACGAUCAUCAUCACGGUCACAAUCACGAUCACAAUCACGACGCCGACACGCUUUCAGAGGACUUCGAGGGCGAACAUACCCCACCUCCGAUCCCGCCACCUCAAAAGCACUAUGCAACUCGCACCUGUCGAAUUUGUUUAGAGGAAGUACUUCCAACACUCGAGCUUCACUCGGAUGGCAUACCUUCGAUGCUUCGCCCAGUUCCCAAGGUCUUUUACAAGUCGGAAGAUCCCAGUUUGGGUCGUUUAAUCAGGCCGUGCCACUGUCGAGGGAGCCAGAAGUAUGUUCACGAGGGCUGUUUAGAAGCCUGGAGACAUUCGGACCCAUCAUACACUGCCCGCACAUAUUGGGAAUGCCCUACCUGCAAAUACAAUUAUCGCUUGGAAAGAAUGCGAUGGAGUCGGAUAAUUACCAGUACAAUGACCCAAGUUUUGAUUACUCUUACUAUCAUGACCACCACGGUCUUUGUAUUUGGAUUUAUAGCGGACCCGAUCAUCAAUCUCUACCUGGAUCCUUAUGAUACAAUCAUAUCGUUGCCAUCUGGUGGAACGGCUUCGCUACUUGAGGAUGAAAACGCCUCUUGGAUCGAGCACUUCCUGAAAGGGUUGGCAUCACUAGGCCUGCUUGGAUUCGUGAAGGUUUUCUUCGCCAUGUCCCCUUGGCAUUGGUGGAACUUGAGGCAAACUGGUGUUCUAGGAGGCAGCGGUCGCAGAAGGGCUGGGACGGGACGUGAACGGCUCUCUGAUAUCUCAUGGACCAUUGUGAUCAUAGGUGUGAUCACUUUCCUCGCAGCGGUGUGGAGCUUCGUCCGAUCUUGGACCAAAAGAACUCUCGAGAAAGCCGGUGAUCGUGUGGCCGAUGUUCAAGGAGACGACGAACCCGAAGAGAUUGAGGAGCCAACUACGGCUGAUGCUAUGAAAACGGAGGCCACAGAGCCUGAGAGUCGAAAGACCCAAUAG